AUGGAUCGUGCUGUUGAUAGGAUUUCCAAUCUACCUGACGAUGUCAUAAAUAAAAUUGUUUCAUGCAUGCCUUUGGAUGAUGCUGUGAGGACGAGCACACUAUCGUCCCGAUGGAGAUAUAAAUGGACAAUCAUUCCGGUCCUUGUUUUCCCCGAAGAAUCCUGGGAUGCGAAAAAGGUGGAAGCCAUGUUCGAUCAAACUUUUUCGCUUCAUGAUGGGGCCAUAACCAAGUUUUCACUCCAACGUUGUUGUAUUAAAAGCAAUUCUUCUGUCAGUCGUUGGUUAUCUUACUUGUCUGGCCAUGGCAUUAAUAGUCUUGAGCUUUCGGUUCACUGCAAAACUCAAAAUCUGGUGCCUGUUUCUCUGAAGGGUUUUGAUCACCUUCAACAUUUGUACCUAGGAUUUGCUUGUCCAUUCAAAAUUCCUCAUUUGUCAAAAGAAUUUAACAAACUUGUUAAGCUGGAACUUUUCUACUCCCAUAUUAAAAUUGGUGAGUUGGAAGUGUUGCUUUCCAAAUGUUUAAUGAUUGAAUAUUUGGAUUUGGAGUUUAAGAUCCGCGGCCGAUGUGAGAUUAAAGAACUUUUUAUCAAGCUCAAUCAUCUUACUUUUAUAGAGCUUCGCAGUUGCAACUUUGUAGACUUUGGGAAUGUUGAAGUUUUUCUAAGCUUGAUCAAAAGCUCCCCCAAUUUGCAAAGUCUAAAACUUCAUGGUGAUGGUGCAUUCAGGGAUGAUAAUAGUAUCAUGGAAUAUCUGAAGGCGCAACACUCCUCUAAUGUUUGUCUCAGUCGCCUUGAAUAUGUGAAGCUUCGGUGUAUGAUGGGUUUUCCAGCGGAGUUGGAGUUUGUGAAAAUCCUUUUACGGAUUUAUAGGAAUACGAAUUUGUGGAAACUGGGUAUGAGGAAUCCAAGGAAGGUGAAAAUCGAAAUAGAGAACAUCGGAAGCGUGAUCAUGGAGUUCUUCUUCAUUCAACAGAUAACAGGUGCUUCAAUAUUCAAACGGCUACAACUAUUGAGGAAUAAGAACAUGAUGAGAAUUCUUCCUACCAUUGACCUCUAG